GAUGUGUCGCAGUGCGCACGCGCCGCUGCUGUCACCUGCUUCCGCCCUUGCUCUGGUGGUGCUGCAGACACGACCUACAGCAGGGGCCCAAACACCCUGCUGGUGGCCCGCUACCCGUCCAGGGAGAAGACAGACUGGUGUACGCAGCAGAAGUCCCCAUUACUGGUAAGAUGCUGGAAAAUAAGCCUGUGGUGCACUGAGCCUCUCAUGGCUGUUAGCACCAUGGACUCGGAGUCUGCCCGGACACCUCAGCCCCAGUCUGCCCUGACCAAAGGAGGCCAUUCCCUGCUGCCUGCUGGGGCUCUGAGCACCCUGUUGGGGCAUCAGGGGAAGCACUAUGUCUGUGGUUCAAUUGCAGCUUUUACCAACAUCGUCAUCACCUUCCCCAUCCAGAAGUUGCUGUUUCGCCAGCAGCUGCAUGGCGUCCUGGCCACCGAGGCAGUUCGACAGCUUCAGAGGGAUGGGCUGAGAAACCUGUACCGAGGACUGCUGCCCCCACUCCUCCAGAAGAGCACUACCGUGGCCAUCAUGUUUGGCCUGUACGAGGACUUCUCUCGAGUAUUACUCGAUCGGGCAGGUGACGUGCCAGAGCUGGUAACACGAAGCUUUGCUGCAGCGCUGGCAGGAACCACAGAGGCCAUUCUAACGCCGUUUGAGCGUGUGCAGACUCUCCUACAGGACCAUCGGCACCACGGGCGCUUCAACAACACAGCCCACACCUUCCGGACACUUCUGACUGAGUACGGCGUCAGAGAGUGCUACCGGGGCCUCGUACCCAUACUGUUGCGUAAUGGCCCGAGCAAUGUGCUCUUCUUCGGGCUCCGGGGACCCAUUAAGGAGCAGCUUCCAGAGGCUAAGAACAAGACUGGCCAUUUGGUGAAUGAUUUUGUGUGUGGAGGGCUGUUGGGGGCUGGUCUAGGCAUCAUGUUCUAUCCACUAAAUGUGGUAAAGUCCCGGGCUCAGUCUCAGGUUGGAGGAGCUUUCAAGCCUUGUAAGGAGGUGCUGUUAACAGUGUGGAGAGAAAGGGGGGGCAGCCUGGCCAUGCUGUUCAGAGGCGCUCACCUCAACUACCACCGUUCACUGCUCUCCUGGGGCAUCAUCAACGCCACCUACGAGCUGCUGCUGAAGCUUUUAUGAGAGGGGUGAUCAGGAUCUAGAGUGGAAGGUAUUUGGUAUUGUCACGAAGGAACAGAGCAAAUUUAAAGAGGGAAAUUAAAACGCCUAUGCACUUGCUGUCUGGCGCUGAUAACAGGACAGCGAUUCCAGGACCGAAAAGGGGGUGAAAAAAAUAAAAAUAAAAAAAAAAUUGCACUCUCACAGGGGCCAACAGUGUGUAAUAGCCACCUGCCAUUGUUAGUUUUUUGAAAUUAUUGAGAUUUUGAAAAGAAGCUACACAUUUCAGCCUAUCCAAAAUGUGCCAGGGUCCAACUGUGACGCCCUCGUUUGCUCCUUUUGCAAAAGUAAGAGGAAGAAAGCAGAAGUUGAACAGACUAAACAUUUGAUACAAGAAGUUGCUUCUUUGUCUGUGCAGUGGUGUUUUAAGGACCGUGAUCAUCUAUUUGUUGGACUAAGAGCACCUCCUCUGUAAAAAUAAAAAUAAAUCCUGCCAACUUAAAAACGUUAUGACCACUGAAAAACCCUCAGAGCUGUUGUUAGGGAGAAUGUAAUGAACUGUCGGUCCGUUUGUUUUGUCAUUCUGUUCAGAAAAUUAAUGCUAAAGAUUACCUGCUGAUUCUUUUUUAUACAAAUACAGAACAAACAGUUAAAACAGCAAAGUUUUCUAAAAUUGUUUCUAUUUUCACGUGUUUCAUCAAUGGCAAAUGUUCUAUUAAAUUCUGUUUGUCUUGAUUUUUUUUUUUUUUUUUUGAAGUGCUCCUAGCAGGAUGUGUUACUUGGUGAAUUUAAAAAGUGCCCAAUGAAAUAUCUGUCAGCAAAAUGUUUGACUCAGAUCUUUAUCCAUUUUAAAGAUUUAUUGGCUCCAUUACAACGAAUAGGAGCUCAUUCAAAGAGAGACCUGGUGUUAUUUUGCUAUGCACUGUCACGGCAUUUGUGGACUUCUGAAUUACUGCUUCUUCAUCAACUAUAAAACAAAGUGCUCCGCAGUGUUUGUUUCCUUCGUAAGAUCUCUGUGCCGUUUGUAUUAGUGUAGCUUUUUCCUAUUUGCUACUCUUUGAUAUUUGCUCCUCUCACGCUUGCCCUCCUCUCUGCCUGUAACAUCUGUUGACAUAAUGGGCUCAGAUUUCAAGCUCGAGUAGACACAGUCGCUGCCGCACAGCGGCUCGGACUGGGCAAGACAGCCCAGAGAAGAAAGGCAUGCUGCUCGGACAUUUGAGAGGGUGAGGAAGGCUGAAGAGUAAUGGUACUGAGAGAAGACGGUGGCAGAGGGUAAUGUUCAUUGGCACAAAGAGCUCAAGCUGCCAUAUACAUGGAUCACUUGGCUUAUUUUUUUUGAAAAAUUUGUCAACAUGAGUGUUCACAGUGUACUGUGUUUGAUGGCUUUUUCUGUCUCUGAAUCUUCGAGGUUUUUCUCCUCAAAUAUAAGACUUUGUUCUAAAAGUGA